AUGUCAGGCGAUCGUCCUCCGUAUUUUGGACUCACGGGCGCAACUCUCAAUGUAUGGGUCACUGUAGCGUGCACAACGGCUAUGACACUAUUCGGUUAUGAUCAGGGCGUGUUCGGUGGAAUCAUUGUCACGGACGACUUUUUGAAGACUAUGGGUAAUCCAAGUCCAACUCUUCAAGGGACCAUUGUGUCAUUGUAUGAUAUCGGAUGUUUUUUUGGCGCUGUAUCUACCUUUGGAUUUGGCGAGAGGUUAGGUCGGAAAAAGACGUUCUUGAUUGGGGUGACGAUCAUGUCUAUCGGGGCGAUCCUUCAAACGUGUUCAUUCACAGUGACUCAAAUGAUUGUUGCGCGUUUGGUGACUGGUGUUGGCAAUGGGAUAAACACUGCCACUGCCCCUGUAUGGCAGAGCGAAACCUCGAAACCCAGCUGGAGAGGCAAAUUGGUCGUUUUUGAAAUGAUAAUGAAUAUCGCUGGCUUUUCGUUGAGCAAUUGGAUGACGUACGGUUUCAGUUUCACUCAAGGAAGCAUUGCUUGGAGGUUUCCUAUCGCCUUUCAGCUAGUGUUUUCAAUCAUUUUAAUUUCGACUAUUCCAUGGCUGCCCGAAAGUCCACGCUGGCUUCUGGCACAUGGAUACCACGAAGAGGGCGUUAAUGUUUUGGUAGCCCUGGAAGGAUCACAUGCGACACCUAAAGAUGAGCUGAUCAUUAAUCAAACUGAAAAUAUUUUGGAAGCCGUACGCAUCGAACAAGAAACCGCACCAAGUUGGCGGGAUAUUCUAAAAGGAAGAACCGGUAACACUGGAAUGAUCCAAAGGCUAAUCCUUGGAGGAGGGACACAAUGGAUGCAACAGCUGGUUGGCAUCAAUGUUACGAGCUAUUAUCUCCCUCUUGUCCUGCAGAAUUCCGUAGGAUUGUCAAACAACUUAUCUCGACUACUCGCGGCCUGCAACUCUGUUUCAUACCUGUUUUUCUCUUUUGCUGGGCUGCUUUUGAUUGAAAGGGCUGGCCGAAGGAAACUAAUGAUGUGGGGUGCGGCAGGUCAAUGCGUGUGCUACAUCUUCAUAUCGGCACUACUCUCUCAAGCGAAUAAUCCCGCCAACGGCGCCAAAUUUGGAGCAGGAGCGACAGCGUUCUUCUUUCUCUAUUAUGUAUUUUUUGGGAUAUGUUGGCAGGCACGACAUGACGGAGUGCCAUGGUUAUACCCGACGGAAAUUAAUAGCUCGGCUAUGAGAACGAAGGGAGCAGCAGUUGGUACUGCAUCUAACUGGAUUUCCAAUUACAUCGUAGUGCAGAUUACACCGUCUGGGAUUGCUAAUAUAGGCUGGCGUUUCUAUCUCAUUUGGGUGGUGUUCAACGCUAUUUUUGUGCCGCUUGUCUGGCUCGUGUAUCCAGAGACAUCCAACCGUCAGCUCGAAGACAUCGACAGGUUGUACCGAGACAAUAAGUCGAUGAUCUUUGUAUUCAGGAACAAAGAGGCCACUCAAGUCGAACGCCCUCAGCGAUUUAUAGACGCUGACCAGGCACGAAUUAGUAUGCUCGCGAGGUCAAAAGAGAAGGACCAGGGCACCCCUGAAGAAAGCAUCCAGAACUGA